GCCGUCCACCAGUGUAAGACUAACGAUGUAUAAAGACUGAGGUUGCUGCCGCUGCCGUUGCCGUUACUGCUCUUGCUAUUUCUCAGCACGGUAUCUACUAGCAUAAAAAUCAAUAAAAGAAAAGAGAAAUGCUUUCUCAGGCCCUCCAAAGUCUGGUUGGCAGCCUCGUUGCCGCCGCCACCGGUGCUGCUGCUCUUCCCGCCAACGCUCCUCUUCCUCCUGUGCCUCACGGCUUCAACAUUGUCAAGACGACGACCAACUCACAGGGCCAAGUCAUUGACUGGAUUCGCCGCGAAGACCAGGGCCCAAUUGCCACGCCUCCCCCCACGAGCGUUCCCGGCGACUCCCUCGCCAACCUCAAGUCCGUGCAAGAGCUCGUCGCGCAGCCGCGCUACCAAGGCCUGCCUGGCACCGUGCCAGUCCUGCGCAAUGCCAACUUCAAGCACCCAAAGAAGCAGCUGCCUCCUCAUAUGGCAGGCAACCAGACAGAGCACGCUAAGCGCGACGGCAACCCUCACUGCUGCACCGACGGCUACAGCGGCACGCAGACGGUCGAGGCUGGCUGGAUGCACUACGGCGACAUUGCCGACACAUACGACCAGUCCAAGGACCAGCAGUCGUUCCUGUUCACCUUCUUCACGACCAACGGGUACCGCUCCAUGGCCGACUACAUCUGCGGCUACCUCUCAUACGUCAAGGGCUGGGUGCAGUACGACUCGGAGGUGCACCCUGGAUACUUCUUCAGCCCUGUGUCGACGAUUGGCGGCACGCAAAAGGAGCUGACGAUUGGCUAUACUCUGCACGAGAAUAACUGGUGGUGCUCGGUGGGCGGAAAGUUUAUCGGAUAUUAUCCGUCUAGCCUGUUCAACAAGAACUCGGCGAACCCGAGCAACACGCUUGCUGCGGGCGCCAACCAGAUUUCGUUCUACGGCGAGGUCACCAACGAGAUGUCGACGUAUACGACGUCGGAUAUGGGUAGCGGUAACUACUCGGACCAAGUGUACGGAAAGGCGGCGUAUAUCAAGAACAUUCAGUACUACAGCACCAAUGACCAGGCUGUCAACUUUGACACUUACUCGGUUCAGGUGGAUACGCAGAGAGGGUAUCAGGUGCAGUCGUACUUUAACUCGGGCAAUGCGGGCUGGAACAGCUAUAUGUUCCUUGGUGGACCUGGUGGUGAUGGAAAGGUUGGUACGUAA